AAUUGGUAAAAUGACUAUCGGGUGUAUGUUGGGCGGUACCUUAUUGCCAUUUAGUCGUACGGCGUGCGCCGACUUUGCCGCAGUAAGAACCCUGCCAGCACACGAUACUCUCUCUUUCAGCAGGUGGUUGCUGCAAGCGACGACCAUGGCCAAGCCUGCCAAGUUCAUCGCCCGUGGCAUUACUGCCGAGGGCAGGUCCAAGACCUACAAGCGCAAGGGCCUGUGGGCGAUCAAGAAGAAGAACGGAGGCAAGUUCCCUACUCACGCUAAGAAGGCUGCGCCGGCCCAGCCUGAGGGCAAGGCGCCUCGCUUUUACCCCGCCGAUGAUGUGCCUAAGCCUCUGGCGCACAAGGCAGUGAACAAGCCCACGCAGCUCCGGGCAAGCAUUACACCAGGCACGGUACUGAUUCUGCUGGCGGGUCGUUUUAAGGGAAAGAGGGUCAUUUUCCUUAGCCAGCUACCAUCUGGCCUUCUACUGGUCACUGGCCCGUUCAAGCUUAACGGCGUGCCAGCGCGCCGCGUGAAUGCCGCUUACGUUAUCGCGACCAGCACGAAGGUAGAGCUGCCAAAGCUGGACCUGUCGCAGUUUGACGACAAGUACUUCCAGGCCCAGGAGGAGAAGCGCAGCAAGAAGGGUGAGACCGAAUUCUUCACCGCAGCUGACGCCAAAAAGAAGGAGCUUAGCCAGCAGUACAUUGCAAACCAGAAGACCUUGGACGCGGCCAUCCUCCCCGCCCUGCCUGCGGAGCUGAAGGGCUAUCUCUCGGCGCGCUUCACGCUCAAGGACGGCGACCGGCCGCACCUGAUGAAGUUCUAAGUGGAUUUUGUGACCGAGGGGGCCUCUGCGACCAGCGGGGCGUGUGUGGACGCACGGCCAGGAGGCCGCACACCGAGAGCGGCACCUGCGGGGAGAUGUAACGUAACUCGAUGUGUUUCGUGCCCCCUGCGUUUCUCCCAACCAUUAUCUUCGCAUCCGGGGACAGUGAAUGGCAGCGAUGUAGAGCCGGUCAGUUCCGGGUCAGUAUUACACAAUUACCAAAUCCCCGGUUCAAAUAUUUGUGUGUAGCCUCAGCGGAAUGGUGGCCUCGUCUGCAAUAGAUGAUGGUCCGUUCAGGAACCAUACCACCAAAUGACCGCGGGCCUAUAGGCCUACAUAAUCAAGGACUGGGGAACGACAGGGGUUCUGAGUUAAGCUGUGAUGCCUAUGAGAACGAAGGUAACCUGAUGCAAGGAGAUGGACAAUCACACUUGAGCCCUGAACGUUCUGCUUGUUUCAUGCUCGUGUUCACUUUCUCUGUGGAGCUGUGGUCUGUCCCGAUAGAGUAAUCUUAGUUUGGCUUUCGGGGACGAGGUUUACAAGGCAUAUGGGGUCCGUCGCUUGCGUACUGCAACCUAGUGCUGUAUAGCGUUGUCUCCACCGAUGAUAUCUGCGAGCCUCUCCCCAGCCGCGAGCCUUGGCGUCAAUCAAUAUAGCACUUCAAGACAUAUAUAGGUCUUCUUUCACAGAAGUACCUAUAGAGGACAGUGUAAGGCCACUGAAACAUCAACCGGUAGACCGGUAGUGUACCCCGUUCCAGUUGGACGACGAAAACGUAACUAUGAAGAUCACUCCACCUCAGUAGUAAACCACAUCGCAUGAAGGUAAAAGCUGGAUGUCGCACACCUAUUAUGGGAAACAAAUGCAACACAUAAAUACCGCACAUGAGGAGAUAUGCCACACAGGAACAUGCCCCGAAUCCAUGAUGCGCUGAAUGUAUCCUUUUGUCCACGUCGGACAAGUGCCGCGUGGUAAAGCCGCCUUCGCGUACGACAUCCCGACGGCUUUUGGAACAGCACGUGGCCAACACGCUUAGCUGCGAGGAGCGACCCCGGUCACUUCACGGCAAUGGGCACACAUUCCACCACGCCCAACGAUCCUCUCCCAACGCCCAACACUGCAUUCGUUCAAUUCAGAUGUUGGACCCUGCCCAUGGGUGGUGGCCUUAGCACACCACCUUCAUACCACCACAUGCUGAAAAACAAACCAUGUCGCUUGGUCAAACGCAGCGAGCACGCGCUUGAUCACCGUUGCCUAGAAAGGGGACAUGAAUGGGUC